UUUGAGAAGUGAUCUUAUCCAAUGUGUAUGUUUAUUCCUGUAAUUUAGGAAAUUCCUUUCUGCUCUGCUUUGAGCUGGCCUUUUUGUGAUUUUGUUUAAAGUAUGCUGCUGCUGAGAGUCAAGUCUCCUAUUGGGGUCUAAUCUGAAAGAAAGAAAAAUGCUUUUUAGAAAGCCCAGCUUCUUCCUGGUUUGAUAGUUGCUAACGUUCCGAUAUGGCCAGCCAACCAUCUGCAACCACAAAUUCCCUGCUGAGGAGCUGGCGGGAGGCAGAGGAAGAAAAAGCAGCUCAGGAGUCGCUAUGUGAGCAGAGCUUUGGCAGUCAGGCUGAACUUCGUCAAGAAUUCUCUUCAGAAACCAGAGUAAAACAGAACCGUUCCUGAUAAGCAAAAUUCAAAGCAAGAUGUGGCAGUGAUCCGAACAAAGAGAUGUGAAUUCUCCUCCAGGACAAAGAUCUGCGGAUGAACUCCUUGAAGAUUCCUGCCUUAGCUUCCCCCAACUUCCACAUUUGCCUCCUUUACAUCCUUUAGAAAAAUAAACAAGUCGAAAUGAGGAAGAGACACUUGAGAGUGGGUCAGCAAACGUGGGCUCUUCUCUGCAAGAACUGGCUGAGGAAGUGCAGGCUGAGAAGAGAAACAGCGAUGGAAUGGUUUUUCUCAUUUCUUCUACUAUUUCUUACAUAUCAAUUGUCCUCCAAUUUACACCAAGUUCAUGAUGCUCCUCAAAUUCCUGAACUGGAUCUAGGACGUGUUGAUGAUUUUAAUGAUUCUAAUUACAUUAUUGCUUUUGCUCCUGAGUCUACAACUGUCUACGAGAUAAUGACCAAAGUGGCGUCAGCUCCCUUCAUGAAAGGAAGAAGAAUUGUGGCAUGUCCUGAUGAAAAAUGUAUGAGCGAACUAGAUUUAAAUUACUCCACAGAUGCAGUGAGAGUCAUCUUUAAGGAUACGUUCUCAUAUCAUUUGAAAUUUUCGUGGGAUCACAGGAUCCCACAAGUAAAAGAACACAGAGACCAUUCAGCUCCUUGUGAAACAAUGAAUGACAAAAUAACUUGUAGAAAUUCAAUCUUCUGGGAGAAAGGCUUUGUAGCCUUCCAAGCUGCCAUUAAUGCUGGCAUCAUAGAGAUUACAACAAAUCACUCAGUGAUGGAAGAGCUGAUGUCAGUUAUUGGCUCACACAUGAAGAUACCACCUUUUAUUUCCCAAGGAGGAGUUGCAACUGAUUUUUUAAUUUUCUUCUGUGUUAUAUCCUUUUCUUCAUUUAUAUACUAUUUAUCCAUCAACAUUACCCAAGAAAGGCAAUACAUUACAACACUGAUGGCAAUGAUGGGACUUCGGGAGUCUGCUUUCUGGCUUUCCUGGGGUUUGAUGUAUGCUGGCUUUAUCCUUGUCGUGGCUACUUUGAUGUCUCUUAUUGUGAAAUCUGCCCAAAUUGUCGUCUUAACUGGUUUCAUGGUGGUGUUCCUUCUUUUUCUCCUUUAUGGGCUGUCUUUGAUAACUUUAGCUUUCCUCAUGAGUGCGUUGUUAAAGAAACCUUUUCUCACUGGUUUGGUCGUCUUCCUCCUCACCAUCUUUUGGGGAAGUCUGGGAUUCACAGCGCUGUACAAACACCUUCCCGCCUUUAUGGAAUGGACCUUGUGUUUGCUUAGCCCCUUUGCCUUUACUGCCGGAAUGGCCCAGCUCAUUCAUUUGGACUACGACGUGAAUUCUGUUAAUUUGGACUUUCCAAACAAUUCGUACCUAAUCAUAGCCAACCUCUUUAUGCUGAUUUUGGAUGCCUUUCUCUAUUUGAUACUGGCAUUGUAUUUUGACAAAAUUUUACUCAGUAAGUAUGGACAUCGACAAUCUCCAUUAUUUUUCCUGAAGUCAUCUUACUGGUUUCAACACAGAAGAGCUAAUCACAUGGUCCUUGAGAAUGAAAUAGACUCGGAUCCUCCACUGAAUGACUCGUUUGAACCAGUGCCUCCAGAAUUCCAGGGGAAAGAAGCCAUCAGGAUCAAAAAUCUUAAGAAGGAAUAUACAGGAAAGCAUGGAAAAGUAGAAGCUCUAAGAGGUCUGGGAUUUGACAUAUAUGAAGGCCAGAUCACUGCUAUUCUUGGCCACAGUGGAGCUGGGAAAACCACAUUGAUAAAUACACUCUGUGGACUGUCGCCCCCAACUGCAGGUUCCGUCACCAUCUAUAAUCAGACACUUUCAGAAAUGGAUGACUUUGACGCUGUCGUCAAGCUCACUGGAGUGUGUCCACAGUCCAAUAUACAAUUUGGUUUUCUCUCCGUGAGAGAAAAUCUCAGACUUUUUGCUAAAAUAAAGGGAAUUCUGCCACAUGAAGUAGAGCAAGAGGUACAGCGAGUUUUGCGGGACUUAGAAAUGGAAAAUAUUCAAGACAUUCUUGCUCAGAAUUUAAGUGGUGGACAAAAAAGGAAACUGACUUUUGGGAUUGCCAUUUUAGGAGAUCCUCAGGUUUUGCUACUGGAUGAGCCAACUGCUGGAUUGGACCCGCUUUCAAGGCAUCGCAUAUGGAACCUUCUGAAAGAGAGGAAACUAGACAGAGUAAUUGUCUUUAGUACCCAGUUCAUGGAUGAGGCUGAUAUCCUGGCUGACAGGAAGGUGUUUAUAUCCAAUGGGAAACUGAGGUGUGCAGGGUCUUCUCUGUUCCUGAAGAAGAAAUGGGGCAUUGGCUAUCACCUAAGUUUGCAUCUGAAUGAAAUAUGUGAUCCAGAGAGUGUAACGUCACUGGUCAAAAAGCACAUCCCUGACGCCAGAGUGACCACACAAAGUGAAGAAAGGCUCGUCUUUAUCUUGCCCCUGGAAAGGACAAACAAAUUUCCAGACCUUUACAGGGAUCUUGAUAGGUGUUCUAACCAAGGCAUUGAGAAUUACGGUGUUUCCAUGACAACUCUGAAUGAGGUGUUCCUGAAAUUAGAAGGGAAGUCAAUGACUGAUGAAUCAGAUACUGGAACCAGUAGGCGCUUAGAUAGCGAAGGGACAGAAGCCAUGGGAAACCUUGCUGAGCUGGAGCAAGCCGUGUCCUCCCUCGAUUCAUCGGGGGACAUGAAGAGCGGCAUGGCGCUGUGGAGGCAGCAGCUCUGCGCAGUCGCCAAGGUUCGCUUCCUCAAGCUCAAGAAAGAAAGGAAAAGCCUGAUGACCGUGCUACUGCUUUUUGGCAUUAGCUUUCUUCCCCAAGUUUUGGAACACCUCAUCUAUGAGCUACAACAUGAGAAUUACUCAUGGGGCCUGUCUCCAAGUAUGUAUUUCCUUGCACCAGGACAGCCCCCACAGGAUCCUCUGACCCACUUACUGGUCAUCAAUAAAACAGGUUCCAGCAUCGAUAACUUUGUCCAUUCACUUAGACAGCAGAGCAUAGCAGUAGAUAUAGACGUCCUGGGAACCAGAAAUGGCACAGAAGAGGCACUAUACAAUGGCGCUAUCACUGUGUCGGGUGAUGAAAAGGAUCUCAGAUUUUCAAUAGCAUGUAAUACCAAAAGACUAAACUGCUUUCCAGUCCUCAUGGAUAUUAUUAGCAACGGUCUGCUUGGAAUCUUUAAUUCUUCAGAACGUAUCCAGACAGACAGAAGCACGUUUGUUGAAGAGUAUAUGUUUUAUGAGCAUGGACUCAUGAGCAACGCAUUCUUCUGGAUACCGUUGGCCGCCAGUCUCACUCCUUACAUCGCCAUGAGCAGCAUCAGUGACUACAAAAGAAAAGUUCUUUCCCAACUGUGGAUCUCAGGCCUAUACCCUUCUGCCUACUGGUGUGGACAGGCUCUGGUGGACAUUCCCCUGUACUUUUCGAUUCUCCUUCUCAUGCAAAUAAUGGAAUAUGUUUUCAGCCAGGAGGAGAUUAUAUUUAUAAUUGAAAACCUGUUAAUUCAGACCCUGUGCAGUAUUGGAUAUGCAUCAUCUCUUGUUUUCUUGACAUAUAUAAUUUCAUUCAUUUUUCGUAAUGGUAGAAAAAAUAGUGGUGUUUGGUCACUUUUCUUCUUGACUGUCACCAUCUUCUCUUUAGUUGCUACUCAGAUAAAUGCGUACGGAUUUCUAGGGCUCCUAUUCGGCACCCUUUUAAUUCCACCCUUCACGCUGGUUGGCUCUCUAUUCAUUUUUUCUGAGAUUUCUUAUGACUCUAUGGAUUACAUAGGAGCCUCAGAAUCUCAAGUUGUGUUUCUGGCAUUGCUCAUACCUUACUUCCAUUUUCUCCUUUUCUUUUUUGUUCUGCGCUGUCUGGAAAGGUACUCCAGGAAGAAAUCGCUGAGAAUGGACCCUGUGUUCAGAAUUUCCCCAAGAAGCUGUAAUGCUUUCCCAAACCCAGAAGAACCCGGAGAAGAGGAUGAAGAUGUUCAGGCGGAAAGAAUGAGAACAGCAGGUGCUGUGACUGCGCUACAGAUGAACGAGAAGCCGGCCAUCAUUGCUAGCUGUCUGCGGAAGGAGUAUGCAGGCAAAAAGAAAAAAUGCUUCUCCAAAACAAAGAAAAAGAUCGCCACAAGGAACGUCUCCUUCUGUGUUAAAAAAGGUGAAGUUCUGGGGCUCUUAGGACACAAUGGAGCUGGUAAAAGUACAACAAUUAGUAUGAUAACCGGAGACACAAAACCAUCUGCAGGGCAGGUAUUUUUGAAAGGGUGCAGUGAAGGUUCCACCCUCGGCUUCUUGGGGUACUGUCCUCAGGAGAACGUGCUGUGGCCCGUCCUGACAGUGAAGGAGCACCUGGAGGUGUACGCCGCUGUGAAAGGGCUGAAGAAAAAGGAUGCCUCGGUCGCUAUUACACGACUGGUGAAUGCCCUCAAACUGCAGGACCAGUUGAAGGCUCCAGUGAAGACCCUAUCAGAGGGAGUGAAGAGAAAGCUCUGUUUCGUGCUGAGCAUCCUGGGGAACCCAUCUGUGGUGCUUCUGGAUGAGCCAUCGACCGGGAUGGACCCUGAGGGGCAGCAGCAGAUGUGGCAGGCGAUCCGGGCCACCUUUACUAACACAGAGAGGGGUGCCCUCCUGACCACACAUUACAUGGCAGAGGCGGAGGCUGUGUGUGACCGCGUGGCCAUCAUGGUGUCUGGGAGGCUGAGGUGUAUUGGCUCUAUCCAACAUCUGAAAAGCAAAUUUGGCAAAGAUUACCUGCUGGAGAUGAAGGUGAAGACCCUCACCCAAGUGGAGUCCCUCAACACGGAGAUCAUGAAGAUUUUCCCCCAGGCUGCUCGGCAGGAAAGAUACUCCUCUCUGAUGGUCUAUAAGUUGCCUGUUGAGGAUGUACGGCCUUUAUCACAGGCUUUCUUCAAAUUGGAGAGAUUGAAAGAGAACUUUGACUUGGAAGAAUACAGCCUCUCACAGUCCACUCUGGAACAGGUCUUCCUGGAGCUCUCCAAGGAGCAGGAGCUGGAUGAUUUGGAUGAGGAACUAGAUUCCUCGGUGAAGUGGAAGCUCCUCCCACAGGAAGAGCCUUAGAGUUUAAAAUGUUCUGUUUGUCUCCAAGCUCAUGUCCUUUUUAAAGGCGGCAUUCAAAAGCAUCGAUGCGUCUUACUUAUCUCAGAUGUGGUGUUAAGUAUUUUUGAAACUCAUGUCAGAAUUUCCCUGAAUAAUAUUUCUGACAGUGGUGACCAAAGUAAGAACAAGUUAGAACACACAGCCAGGGCCCCCUCAACCAGGUCAUGGUUCACACAGUAUGGAGUUUUUAAAUACAUUUAUAAUAAUAAUGAUGUUUCUGAGACAGCUGUAGAGACUGAUUGACUUUCUCCCCUCCAGCCCCGAAUUUCAAAACAUUGACUGUUUUCGUUCCUUAUUGAUUAGGUAAGAUAUAGUUUAAACAAUAUUGAUUAUAGGGAGAAAGGGAUCGUCGACUUCCCAACAGCACGGUAUUUGUUUUUCGUGACCCACUUUGACAGUGUGUAGACUUUGGGUUACAGAGAAGGGCUUUGUCCGUUGUGACUACAAAAACAGACUUUAAAUUUGUGGGAGUAAAUCCCUGCGAUCAUUAAAUGACCGAGUGCAUAUUUACAUACACAUCUGAACCAUUUCUGAAAUUUAGACUUUCUUUAAUGACGCAAAUGUGUAUUCUUAGGCCAAAGGACUAACUUUGCACGUCUUUAUUUACCAAGUCUGUGUAUACUAAAAUCUAUCUACUGUAACCUCAGGACAGCUGCCAUAAACUCUCAUUUAUGAGAUUUUUGCUGUUACUACUUUUAUUUUUAUCAGUUAUCCAAACAUUUACAGGCAGUUAUGAGAAAAAGUCGACCUUGAUUCUAGGGUUGUGUGUUGUGCAUGUGAACACGAACUGCCCUCAUCUCAUGAGAAGUUGCGCCCUAGAUCUUGAGCAAAGGCUCCAAGUCUUUAAUUCUUAAAAAAAAAAAAAAAGACAUUCAUGCUGGCCCUACUGAGUUACCUGGCCUUGGAAAGGACAAAUUAAUUGAUACAAGUCAAUACCUAAAUGCACUUUACUCGGAGCCAGAAAAACAGCUUAACAGUGAAAGCUAAUGACCUUUUAAGCCUGGUGAACAGAGUUUAAUCCUGGGGAUUGUAGAAGAAUCAUCCCUCAAGUUGUUUUCUGACUGCCACACACAAAUGGCAUCAAGCAUAUGUCUACAUACUCAGCGCAUACAAAAAAAUGAAAUAAAAAUAUAAUGAACUUUA